UAGUACAACAUGAUACUGUUAGCCCUGCUAACCCUCCUCCCUCUAUCCUCCUCUCUGGAUAUUGUUAAAAGAUACGACUGGGGAGCUGAGCCUACCGACACUGCCGGGGUAUCUCUAACCAGGAUAACUGAUAUCGUUAUCGGAAAUGAGGUCGUCCCAGGAGCCGCUGAGUGCACCACAAUGGAAGCUUGUCAGAUAUUUCUCCGGUCGCUUCAACAGCGAGAUAUUGGAGCUGGAAAUCCGGAUCUGAAGUUCAACUUCUAUGUGAGCAGCAUGGGGGAUGUUUAUGAGGGUGUGGGGUGGACCAGACAGGGAAGUUUCACGUCAAAGUACGCUAGCAGCGCACUUGGAAUAGCGUAUCUUGGGGAUUUCAGUUCCGGAAUAUCUGCUGGAGCAAAACAAGCCAUCCUAGACAUCAUUAAAUUGGGUUACCAAGCGGAAGGAAUCAACAUAGACUCACAGUUUUGUAUGAUGUUUACAUGUGUACCAGCCUUAAAAAGCGGAGCUGGGAUACUGGGACCUUCUUGUCCUGGGGGAGAUACUUACAAUGAUAUCUCCAACUGGGAACCUCUCCCUGGAGUGCAACCCCUUCAUGUUAACAGACCGUGUGGGUGUGGUAAGCUGGACCCCCCUUCUAACGGACGGGUGGAGUACGCUUCUUACGAUGUGGGCAGCAAGGCUACCUACUUCUGUCUUGACGGAUUUGAACUGAUUGGAACGAACGAACAGACCUGUGAAGUAAGCGGAGCUUGGGGAGACCUCUCUAUCAACUCCCCUUACUGUGUUGAUCCAUCCCGGGGGCUGAUAAUCGUACCGAAGAAAGUAUGGGAUGUAGUGAGUGAGGAAGCAGAGUUCAUCGAAGGAGGCUUCCCCAUUGCUACUUUCUUUGUUGACGUGGCGUCUGAUGCGUACUGUGUUGAUGAUAGCGACUGUCGGUUGAAGCUGAAGCAGCUGAAAAAAGAUGCGUGGGAUAAUAACCAAGAAAAGGACGUGCUGUGUAACUUUUACAUAGCUAAAACUGGUAUUGUCUACGAAGGUCGGGGAUGGGGCAUAAAGGGUGCCUACACGGCCGACAUUCUCAAGACACAGGGGAUUUGUUUCCUAGGUCUGGACGCUGUUACCUCCAAGAAAGCAGAGCACACUCUUUUUAAGUUUAUCAAGGAUGCACGGGAUGCCAAGAAAUUAAGAACAGUAUUCACCUUUUCAAGUCUGUCACUCUCUUCUACCAACAUCCAUUGCAAAGUAAGUUACGAUGGCGACGGUUUCUGUUUCCAGACUAAAUGUCCGGGAAGUGUCGAUGCGAAGUUCUGCCGAACAGUUCAGAACUGGAUGAUGAGAUCUGACAGUCCUCAGUACACCAAUAAGUACUGCUUACCUGAUCCCAUACCUGAAGAUACUAGAGCUCCUGCAUUGUCUUGUCGUCACAAGAAGAAGCACGACACGUGGCUGAACUACCAGGGAACGAAGAGUGUUUCCGUGUCCGGGUGUCCGUGUCUAGCCUGGUCUGAUCAGAGUAUUGUUCAGCACCACUUCUACCCUGAGGUGUUCCCAUACGCGGAGCUGGAAUCAAACUUCUGUCGUAAUCCUGACAUGUCUGAUAGCGGCCCCUGGUGUAUUACUGAUAGUAGCUGCGGGAAUGGCGGCAUGGACUCCUGUGCUAUCCCUCAGUGUGAGGGGGAGUAUUGUUUUGAAGAGAACCCGUUUGGGUGUGCGUACCACCAAUCCCAGUGCUAUUUGCCCUUCUGUACUGCUGCAGUGUCAUUUAGCCAGCACUCCGCAAUGAGGUACACCCUGCAGAGAACCAAGUCUACUUACACUGACAAACUAUCCAUGACCAUCAAGCCUGAUACUCUCAAUGCUAGGUUGAUACGAAUAGAAGGAGGGAUGUUGAUGGAUGAUCCUGAAUUAGCUAACUUCUGGGAUAUCUCACUGGUAAACGGGACAGUAAAAGUAAUAAUGCACCUCACACACGGGGACAACAUAGCAGAGUUUGAGACUGUCAGUGAGGAGGUCCUCCCUCUGGGAACUAGUUCUACUAUACAGAUACUGAGGAAGAACCACAAGGUCCUACUGAGAAUCAACGGAGUGGACACUAUCGAGAAGAUUUCUGUUAAUUUCACUGAGAUCGGAGAUAACGUGAUGUUCUUUAAGCCACAGGAGUAUAUUCUGGGCCAUUAUUUGACGGGAGAUCUGUUUCAAGGCUGCAUGGCUGAUGCUGUAUUCAACAGAGACGAUCUCUUUGCCGUAGCAACCGGAAGUUUGCCUGCGCGAGGAGAGAUGAUUAUGGAGGAAAUAGAUGACGACGGGUGCUCAGCGGUGUUGCCGUUCCUGUGGGGUGAUAUUGAUAUAGUAACCACCCCUCCACCCACCACUAAACCUCCCACCACGCAGCCAAUCAUGUCAACUGCGCAGCCGGUAGUUAACAAGAAAAGCAAUCUUCCUUAUAUUAUCAUAGGAGUAGUUAUUUUAGUGAUAAUUAUAGUCCUUCUCAUUGGGUGCAUCCUCUUUAAGCGUCAUAACAGAGAUAAGGGGGUAUACAAAGUAGAUGAAGCUAUCACAACGAAGUGGGACUGGAAGAAAGGGAUACUCCCCGUCCUCUCAGAAACCAAACAACCAGGUUCAUACGACAAAAUCAAUGCGAACCCUGAUGAGUCUCCUGAGGUGUUUGCUUGAUAGUUUUCAGUUUGGUAUUCAGUGAAUAUAAUGCGAAUAUACAGCGGAUAAAGCUGCUUGGAGGAGCAGAUUGGAAUGUUAUUUGAGGGAUAUCUCGGCUUAAGUUGGAGGGUCAAACAAUUCGGCCCUAGUGUACGCUGCUGCAAUUCAUGUGAAGAACAUUCCGUCCGAACGAAUUAUUUUGGACUUGAGGAGAAUGAGGAAGAUUAUUCCGUGCUAAAUGGAGUUCUUAACAUCGCACUUUUGACUAUUUUAUCACAAGUUCAUUGUGCUAUCUUGACACGUGUUAUAAUGUUGAUGAAGAAAACCUGUGUUUAUGAGGUACUGUUCAGAUUCUUAACGUGGACAUUUAUUGACCGUAGACAUUUAUUAACCGUGGAUUAAAGCAGCACCAUAACAUUAUGACCAUCUUCAGAAGGGCCUAGGAUAACCUUGUACCAUCGCCGUACAAAUGGACUUACGUUUCUUUACAAUGUAAAGUAUAAUUUGUUUUAUUUAUGAUUUUAUAUGCCAGAUAAUGAUGACUUA